AUGAACUUUCGCGUCGAUCUCGACAUCUUCCGCGGUCCUUUGGACCUGCUGCUUUACCUGGUGCGAAAGCACGAGUUGGAGAUCGUCGAUAUCCCGAUCGCGCUCAUCACCGACCAGUAUCUCGAGCAUCUCGAGGUGCUUGAGUUCCUCGACGUGAACGCUGUGGGCGACUUUCUGGCCAUGGCUAGCAUGCUGGUCGAGAUCAAGUCGAAGUCGUUGCUACCGCGGGACGACGAGGAAGAAGACCAGCCGCUGGAAGAUCCCCGCAAGGAACUGGUGCGGCAACUGCUGGAAUACAAGAAGUUCAAAGACGCGGCCAGCAUCCUGGAAGACCGCAGCCGGAGCUGGCAGGAACGCUUUCCCCGGCUGGAAAACGACCUGCCACCGCGCGAGCGGAACCUGGCCGACGAGCCGAUCCACGACAUCGAACUGUGGGACUUGGUUAGUGCCCUGGGGCGGAUGGCUCGUGAAAGCAAGGUCUCCAAGACUUCGAGCAUUGUCUACGACGACACGCCCAUUCACGUGUACAUGGAGCGGAUUCACGGUCGACUGCUGAAAGAAGGCCGCGUGGCGCUGGCCGACUUGAUCACGAUGCCGGCCCAUCGUUCGACCAUUAUCAGCCUCGUGUUGGCCAUCCUCGAACUCACCCGCCAUCACGGUGUUCGAGCCGAGCAGAACGACCUGUUCGGCGAGAUCUGGGUCUUCCCGGGUGAGCAUAUGUCGAAGACCCUCAGUGUCACCCAGCUCGAUACCUACGAACAUGGCAGCAUCGAGGAUGAUGACGAGACUUCAGCAGCUCAAGCAGAAGCCGAAGAGGCGAAGCCGGAGGAGUGA